AUGGAAAGUGCCAUCGUGUUCGAGGAGGGUCAGGCAAGUUUCUUCCUGCACCGGCAGCAGACGAUGCUGCGCCGGCGAAGAGUGGAUGGCCAUCAGAGCGACCUCCUCGCCGCAGCCUUCCUCUACACCGACAGGGAAGAUGCCAACGUCAACCUUGUCGUCACGUCUGGCAAUGACAAGACCUUGUGUUUCUGGGAUGCUAACGCCUUCAACCUAGUGAAGCGUUGGAGUCUGAAAGACGUGGUCGGAGAACUUUGCUGGUGUGGAGAGAUCAAUGCUCUCUACGCCGCUGAUCACUUCAGUGAGCGCUUCUGGGGAUGGCUCAUCAGAGACGAGCUGGAGGUCAAAACGACUGGAACAGGUGGCAUGAAGCCCGACAAGAGCUUAGAGUUCAAGAAUGGGCACUCCAAGGCCAUCCAAGCCAUGAAGUGGUUGGAGCCGCUCCAGUGUUUGGCAACCGCCUCCCUGGACACCACUGUUCAGAUCUUUGAUACAGUCCAGCAGACGAGGGCGCACGUGCUACAAGGCCACACCAAAGGCAUCACCUGCCUGGAAUUCUGCGGGAAGAGCCAGAUGCUACUAAGCGCCGGCUUCGACAGCUACAUCGCCAUUUGGGACCCAAGCGCUGGGACGCUCUCAUUCAAGUUGACAGGACACGAAUGCAGUGUCACGGGCUUGUGCAAAAUGCCUGAAACUGACUACGAAUUCAUGAGUGUCGACUUUGACGGGGUUGUAAGGCUUUGGGAUGUGCGUCGACUUUGUUGCAUUCAAAGCUUUCAUGCGACCGACCGUCGAGCAGAGGAGGCCGGCGAGCUGGAGCGCCUCGAGCCCCGGGCCCUCUGCCCGCUCAGUCGCGACCGUGUGGUUAUCUCAGGUCGCAGGAUCGUCGUCUUCGACCGAGAUGCCGGUGACCCUAAGAUGACCUCCGACUGGCCUAUCAACGCUUUGGCAUUUGAUCACAGGAACUUGGAGAUUGUCACUCCCAUCAAGAAUGACCUGUAUGUAUGGGAUGCCUUAACCGGUCAAAGGCUCCAGAUCCAUGACAACGUCAUUGAUGCCAACAUCACGGCCAUCUGCUUUGGAGCCCGAGAGCGACGCAUCUUCGUCGGAGAUGAUCAAGGGAGCAUCAACUGCAUCAACGCUGCUUGCGGCGCACAACUUAAAUCGCUGACUCCGCAUGCCUAUGAGGUUGCCCAGAUUGAGUGCAUGCCCGGGAAAGUGCUGACGCUGUCCGCCCCAGAGAAGGUCAUCAACGUCCAUGAUGACACGGACGAGAAGAAGGCCAUCCUGCUGAAACGCAUCGAUGUCAGUGGUGCUGGGGUGAUCCUGAGGUUUGCGCAUGACGAGCGCGAGAUGCUCGUCAUCUCCACCGAGGAGGGAGAAGUGGGCUGGUACAGCGCCGAUUUUGCCAAGCAAAUUGCAGAUACCAGCCAGUGCGCGGUGAAUCAUUCACAGGCCGUUUCCUGCUGCUACUACUUCAAGAAUGCGCCUCUCAUUGUGUCCGCAGAUGCAGGCUCGGCGAUUUUCUGGUCCGUGCCUCCCCUCAGACCCUAUGACUUCUUCUCAAAGAUCCUCUUAGAUGUCACCGGCGACGAGGAGGGGACGGUGGCCAUCACAUCGAUGAGUCUUAGCUGGCCCGACGAGGGCCGACUCUUCGUGGGCACAGACCGCGGAGCUAUAGCCUCCAUCGACAUCUCGAUGGUAGUGGAGAGCGCCAAGCAGCAGCAAACCGAGAUCCUGCGGAGAAAGGAGUCUGGCGAAGCGGCGGAAGUCAUCUCUGGGCGUAUCUUCGAUUCGCUGCCUCGUCCUGUUAACUCGCCGGCCUAUGUCUUCGGCCUGGAUAAUCUGUGGCUGGUGGAGAAGGCACAUGCCAUGAACGUGGAGCAGAUCUUCUUCUGUAGGCGCCAGCCUCCCGUGCUCCUUACGCUUGGCGGGGAGGCGUCUGUGCGACUCUGGGACCACGCCACCGGCCAAGCCCUGGGAACCCUGGAGCAAGGUCUUCCCGAAGGCCUCGUGUAUCAGCGCAGCACGGAUUGGACCUUUCCACUGGAUCCUCACCGUCAGAUCCAAUCCGACAUCGACACCUUGGCAGAGGCGGCAGAGUUAAACGAAGACACAGCCAAUGAUCCCACCCGGCGGCCGAGCAGGACCUUAGGAGCCGACAGCUCGAUGUACUUGAAGGGGCAAACUGGCGAGAGGAUCCUGAAGCUCGUCCAGAAGAGGAGGAUCGACGGCUCGCUGAAUCGGUCGACUUCCACUCCCGACAUGGUACAGUCGAGUGCCGGAGGCAAGUUGAAUUUGCUCGGUCCCGGCAAGGUCCGUGGGCAGGACUACACCUCCGUUUCUGCCAAGUACUUGCAGCCACUUCAGCGAAAUCGCAUGACGCAGCAGAAGGCCGAGGACUGGUAUGCGGGCUCUGCGGCCGGCAGCGUAUCACUGCCAAAGCUUCAGAGUGGAAUGGCGCGGCCGACACUCUCAGAGACGAAGCAGGUGCUCGAUGCUGCACGAAAACUGGCCAUAGCCCUGGGAAGCUCUCGAAACAGCAAGGAUGCGCGAUCCUGA